GACUUCCGCGUGGCAGUUGAUGAGCAGGAGUUCCGUUCUGUUUCCCCUGUGACCUUGUGGUUUUGCUAGUCCUUGUGUGUCUCACUCGCCCCCGGGGAACGCGCAACAAACAGGAGUGAGCCCAGGGUACAAGGGCCUUGUCCGGGGUACAAGGAGCCAGCUCUGAGCGUCACUGAAUAGCCGAUCGAUUUGGAAACUUGUCAGUAAAGUUCAGCUUUUGGCCAGAAAUCUGCCGUUUUGUAAGUUUGUGGCAGGUCUUAUAUGGUGUGAGCGACAUUGAGGAACUAGCAGUGCGAGCAUCCUGCCACGGGACCUCACUGUACAGACGGGUUAUCAUGUCGGACACUCUUGUGGUCUGUGAGCUGGACGCCGAUCUCCUCGCCCGGCUGAGGAAGUUCCGUUUCCGCAAAGAGAAAACCAACGCAGCCAUCGUUAUUAAAGUUGAUAAAGAAAGUCAGAUGAUGGUCCUGGACGAGGAGCACGAGGACAUUUCUCUUGACUCACUCAGAAACGAACUCCCAGAGAGGCAGCCUCGAUAUCCUUUAUUUUACAGCUGUAAAUACGUACACCAUGACAACAGGGUAUCUUACCCCAUGUGUCUCAUCUUCAGCAGCCCCCAGGGUUGCCACCCCCAGCAGCAGGUGAUGUACGCAGGCAGCAAGAACCACCUGGUCCAAGCGGCCGAACUCACCAAGGUGUUUGAGAUUCGGAGCACGGAGGAGCUGACCGAGUCCUGGCUGAGUGAGAAACUCGCCUUCUUCCGCUGAGGCCGGGCCGGGCCGGGCCGGGACCACAGCGCGGCCACGACAAUACAUCCCCACGCUGAGCUUCAUCCAACCAGGGCAGACUAAUGCCGUUGUUCCACAAGGCUGGAGUUUUAUACCGCAUAAAUAAAUGUCACCCGCAUUGCUUUA